GGCUGCGGAUCUUGCGGUGUUGGUGGCGGUGACCCGCUGCCACCCCGCAGCCGCACACCCUCGAGCCAUGUCCUGGGCCGCUCUGCUCGGCCUCCUAGCCGUGCUAUUGGUGCUGCUGCUGCUGCUGAGCCGCCGGCGCUCGCGGCGGCCCGGUGAGCCUCCCUUGGACGUGGGGAGCAUCCCCUGGCUGGGCCAUGCCUUGGAGUUUGGGAGAGAUGCUGCCAGCUUCCUUACCCGGAUGAAGGAGAAGCACGGUGACAUAUUUACUGUGCUGGUGGGGGGCAGGUAUGUCACUGUCCUCCUGGACCCACACUCCUAUGACACAGUGGUGUGGGAGCCGCGUACACGGCUGGACUUCCACCCCUAUGCCAUCUUCCUCAUGGAGAGGAUUUUUGAUCUGCAGCUUCCAAACUUCAACCCCAGCGAAGAGAAGUCCAGGAUGAAGCCGACGCUCAUGCACAGAGACCUGCAGGCGCUCACGGAAGCCAUGUACACCAACCUCCGCACCGUCCUGCUGGGUGGCUCCUCGGAAGCGGGCAGUGGUUGGCAAGAGACAGGCCUUCUAGAGUUCUCCUACAACUCUGUACUCAGAGCCGGCUACCUGACCCUGUAUGGAGUGGAGGCCUCGCCACGCACCCAGGAGAGCCAAGCUCAAGACCGCGUCCACUCGGCUGAUGUCUUCCACACCUUCCGCCAGCUGGACCUGCUGCUCCCCAAACUGGCUCGAGGCUCCCUGUCAGUGGGGGAUAAAGACCAUGCAAGCAGUGUCAAAGACCGCCUGUGGAAGCUGCUGUCCCCAGCCAGGAUGGCCACCAGAGCUGACAGGAGCAGCUGGCUGGAGAGUUACCUGAGGCACCUGGAGGAGAUGGGGGUGUCGGAGGACAUGCAGGCCCGGGCCCUCGUGCUGCAGCUCUGGGCCACACAGGGGAAUAUGGGUCCCACGGCUUUCUGGCUCCUUCUCUUCCUGCUCAAGAAUCCGGAAGCCCUCGCUGCCGUCCACGCAGAGCUGAAACGCAUCGUCUGGCAAGCAGAGCAGCCUGUCGCACAGAUGACCACACUCCCACAGAAGAUUCUAGACAGCAUGCCUGUGCUAGACAGCGUGCUAAAUGAGACCCUCCGGCUCACGGCUGCCCCCUUCAUCACCCGAGAGGUCAUGGCGGACCUGGCCUUGCCUAUGGCAGACGGGAGGGAGUUCUCUCUUCGACAUGGUGACCGCCUUCUCCUCUUUCCUUUCCUGAGUCCCCAGAAGGACCCAGAAAUCUACACGGACCCUGAGGUAUUUAAAUACAAUCGAUUCUUGAACCCAGAUGGAACAGAGAAGAAAGAUUUUUACAAAGACGGGAAGCGGCUGAAGAAUUACAACAUGCCAUGGGGCGCAGGCUACAACCAUUGUCUGGGGAAGAGCUACGCCAUCAACAGCAUCAAGCAAUUUGUGGUCCUCCUGCUGACUCACUUUGACCUGGAGCUGGCCAGCAAGGACACAGAGAUCCCCGAGUUUGACCUCGGCAGAUACGGCUUCGGCCUGCUGCAGCCCGAAGAAGACGUGCCCAUCCGGUACCGUAUCAGGCUGUGACCUAUGGAGAAGACACUGCACUCACCCGGGGCCUCCUGACUUUCUGUGCCUGUGUCACUGCCUUCCCAGUGUUCCCCUAGAAUGCUGUGUCCAGAGGAGCGGACACACAGGACGCCGAGAGCAGAAAAAGCCAAUAAAAGCUCUGUAUCUCGC